UAAGGAAAAACUCCAUGGCCAGUCAGGGUAUAGAAAAGGUCGGGGCGAAGACCAUCACAGAAACGAAAGGCCUUCUUAUGAUUGGUAUCGAUAAGAAUCGGGGCAAACGCGCACAUACGAGUGAAUUCGCGCUCGUAGACAUCCACAGGACGGGGUCCUUGUUUAAGCUCCCAGAAGUCCUUCAUUAUCUGGGCACGGUAAGCAUACGGGUAAUACUUGUCCUUGACUAUAGCAACCAUCUAGUCCCAAGUCAAGGCAUCCCUCUCAGCACGAGAACGAAGCCUCCAAUUGUCGGUCCACCAAUAGAAUGUUCAUUUUCAAUUCAAUUUAGGUUUAAGUUCAUGAUUUGUUCACUUAUUGUCCUCGGCCGUGCGUGUGGCCAUAUCGAGUAUGUUCAUGUUUUAUUCAAAAGAUCUCGAGCAAGUAUCAUGUAUUUAGUCAUUUUAUGCAAUAUCAUGUUUAUUCAGCUUGUUUUGUUCGAAGGAUUUUCAUGUUUUUUUGGUAAUUCAGCCAAAGAGCGUGGUCGCGCACGUAGCGCGCACCACGGGCCGUGCGUGAUUUGCAAUCAUGUUAAGAAAGAUCACAGCGCUUCAUUGACGGGCUUUACCCAGCAGUCCGUCACAACAUUGUUGGUCACGGGACCCAGACGUACGCUCGUGCCAUUUCCAUUGCCCAGGAGGUGGACGCCAGCAUCAGGAGGGAGGCCAUCCGUGAUCGUCCUCAGCCAUCCGCCCCCGCCUAGUCAUCCACAGCUCCACCAGCACUACCAGUUGCCCAGCCGACGAAGGAGAAGAAGAGGAAGGGGAAGGGCGCACAGACCGACAGGAGGAUUUACCAGAAACAGCAGCAGGUUCUCCAGUGUCCCACAUGUGGACGUUUUCACCGAGGCGA